AUGGCUGGGCCCCCUGCUAAGCGGGCCAAGUCUGCCGAUCACGAGCACGACAUCCAGGGGGAGUUGAAAUUGGAGUCCGUGCUCAAGUACUGGCUGUGGCACAAGCAAGCCAUGCGCGCCAGCCUGGCGGCAGCGGCGGACUUUGAGGAGGGCGGCGUUGAGCAGGACGAGCCCCGGAACACCAACCACAGCCAGGACCUGCACCCCGCGCCGACGUCGUGCGCAGGCUGCGGAAAAGCCGAGGCCCACCUGACGCCAGGGGAGGGGCCCUUCCAGCACGGCCUCUACUGCGCAGAGUGCUGGAGCGCCUGGGAGGCGGAGCAGGCUCCGCCCCAGGAGCGCCUCCCCGACCAGGCCCACGGGCACUCGCUCCAGGAGGCCCAGCCUGCGUCGCAGGCCCCAGCCGUGGGCGGCGGUGGAGGGUCCCAACCCGCCUGCGAUGCCUCGGAAGCGCAGGAGGCCUCCCCGCAGCAAAAGGCUCCGGCUCUCCCCCUCCCCCGUGGGGUGAGGGGUGUGCUCGAGACGCGCCCUCCCCUUGCACAGUGCGCGGGAUGCGGGGCCGUGGGCCUGCCAUGCACGACAGGUCAGGGCAGCUACGAGAAGUCCCCGUUUUGCGAGACCUGCUGGACCACGUGGAACGCCGCCCAGGCAGCAGCGCAGCCUCCCCCAACCCAGAUGUCCGUGCCGCAGUGGAAGGACAUCCCAGGCCCCUGCGAGCCCACAGAGCAGACAACCCGAGCUGCUGGGCUUGGCGGCACCAGUGACUCGGCAACCAUCGCCUGCAUGGGAUGCGGGCAGCCCUCGUACGCCCUCGUCGCGACCAAGGGGCCCUUGGGGCUGAGGCUUCUGUGCGGCGCCUGCGGGCAGGCCGGCCCCCGCUUCGGCCACGAGACGUCCCCCCCGCCGGUCCCGUCACCGCCAGGCAACGCCCAGGCAUGGGCUCCGCUGCAAGCAAAUGCCGCCCCGAAGCCGUGCAUGAUUCCGAGCGGGCCCGUGGCUUCGAUGGGUGCGACGCCUCCGACGCCAACGGCCUGGGAUCCGCUUUUCCCAGAAUAUGCGCGCUCGUGCCAUGGGCCAACCAGCCCCCUGACCGUGCCGCCUGCUGUCGACAAGCACCGCGUGGACAGGUGGGUCCGGAGGCUUCCCGACGGGAGCCUCCCCACAGAUCGCAUCGUACUGUACUGGGCGCUCACCUCCCCAGCGGGGGCCCCGCUGCUGACCACCGGCAAGUGGAGCUACGUGCCGAAGGAUUCCCGCCCCCCCAACGGCGUGCUGCUGCAAUUCGGGCACAAAAGGGGCUCGGUACACGUGUGGCUCCGCAAAGGUGGCCACGUCCACGUGCAGGCCAGCGUCGGGGUCGAGGACCGGAUCCUGGCCAAGCUGGAGGCCUGGACCGUGCCGUGGAACAACGGCAGCCCGCCCGCCCCGCCGCGGCCCGGCGCCGGCGGUCAGGAAGGGCUCCCGCCUCUGCCGCCUCUGCCGCCCGCCGACUGGUCGCCCCCGCCGGCCGCGUGA